AUGGAGGCAAACACCAAGGUUGUUUCAGAGAAUGUUGAGCUCAAGAAAGAGGAAGUCAAGAAAAAAAACAAGAGAAACAAGAAAAAGGGUAACAAAAACAACAACAACGACAACAUUAAAAACAAAGAGGCAGCUCUGGUCGAUCCUGCUAAUGGCGAAGUAAUUAAUGCUGCCGCUGAUGUUCUUACUACUAAUGACUCUUCAGGUCAGAUCAAGAAGAAGAACAACACUCGCAUUCAAGUCUCCAACACCAAGAAACCCUUCAUUUUCUACCUCAAUCUUGCCAAGAGUUACAUAAAGCAGAACGACAAUGUUGAACUCUCAGCCUUGGGCAUGGCCAUUCCUACUGUUAUCACAAUUGCUGAGAUUCUGAAACGAGAUGGACUGGUUAAUAACAAGGAAGUGAAGAUAUCUACAUUGGAUUCCAAGGAGGAUCAUAGGGGUUCUUUCAUUCAGAAACCUAAGAUUCAAAUUAUUCUGGCGAAGGCUGAGAGUAUGGUCAAGACCAUAACUGCUGCUGAUGCUGCCACAGCACCUGAGGUGGAAUCUGAUAAGCAGGCCUGACCAAACAGUUGCAUAAGAAUUCCGUUUCCACAGUCUACUGUAUAACUGUUUCUUU